AUGGAGGACCACCAAGCCUUAAUGAAGUUCAAUGACAUUUAUAUGAACUCGAUCCGCAACCCCCAAAGCGGUGCAAAUGAGGUGGAUGUCCUAUCAAAAUUUCAUAAGAUUUAUAAGGCGAAAGACGGAAAACCUUUUGGAAAUGAGGCGUUUUGGGGAGUUGUGAAUGACAAACCAAAAUGGCUUAAUCUAAAAAGUGUUGAUGAUUAUGUGGGCAUGUCCAAACGAAGCAAAACUUCUGAGUCAGCCCACAUUCAAUCUUCUGAUGCACGUAUCGGGAGGAUUGAAAUUAAGUAA